AUGAAGUUACAAUUUUCGAUCAAUGGAGUUACUAAGAACGAAGAAGAGACGUUCACAGGUACUAUAACAGUUCCCGAAUUUGUUCAUGAUCAAGACGAAGAUGAGUAUGUUUUUGAAAUCGACUCGGAAACUUAUAAAAUAGAAAUUAGGAAGUAUUUCAUCCCGAUUUUGAAGGAAAAGUUGAUGAACUUUCAAGGUGAUUUAGUCAAGGCCCAUGAAAAAGACGUUCAGCAUAAUUCAAAUUAG